UUUCUUUUUAAAGCACAGUAAAUACCAUAAAAUUAAAAAUUUUUUGAAAUGUUUAAAUUGUCAGGUGGUGGAACGUAGGACUGCCAAUUCACAAAUAAAUAAUAAAACUCCUAAGAGGAUUUAUAAUUUCCGCGCAACGUGUUACUAUGGACCCCGCCCAGCGUUAGAAGGACAUUUCACACGUUCAACAAACAUUUUAAUAAAUUUAAUAUAAAAUGUUGUACAAAGUGAUAACGAGGCCAACACGUUUGAAAGCGCGACACAUGUUCUGAUUGUCCUGCAAACAAAACGGAAUGCUAUAAAAUAAAAUACUGUGGAAUUGCUAAAUAAAAUCAAAUUGUUUUCAAAUAAAUUGCCAGUUGCUUAGUGAUCGUCUACGCAAAGUAUCAACAAUUUGGAUUUUUUUUUAGAAAGGCGAAAAUUGGAAAAUAAAUUUUGGUCAGACCUUUAUUUUUUUUAAACAAAAACAUUGGAGGAAACGAGCAGAGCAAACAUGAAAGGCCACAAACGAAGUCACAUCUCAUUGAGCAAGCUGCAAUCUCCUAUUACAACACAAUGGUUACACGACAAUUAUGACAUGGAAGAGGGAAUGAGUUUACCGAGAAGUUCACUGUAUACGCAUUACUUAGAUUUCUGUACGAAAAAUACCAUUGUUCCUGUAAAUGCUGCAAGCUUUGGAAAGAUUAUCAGAAGCACAUUUCCUGAACUAAAAACGCGUCGGUUGGGUACCCGGGGACAGUCAAAGUAUCAUUAUUACGGUAUAAGCAUUAAAAAGACGUCACAAUACUACGACGCCGUUUCGAAUAACGUACGUCUAAGCGCGUCGGGAUCUGGUCAGACGUAUACUAAAACAAAUGAGAUUGAAGAGAACGAGCGCAAGACUGCAACUUUAGCAACCAGCCAGGAGGCAUCUAGUAACCAUAGCAACCGUACUAACCACAACAAAUCAACUUCCGACAACAACAAUAAUGGUAGCAGCAGUAACAUCACGGCAAAUGGGACUUUAUUGCCCGAAUUCCCAAACGAAAACUCGCUUAAUCUCCUUGAUGAUGUGCUCAAAGAUAAGGUAAAGACGUUUUUAAUCAUGUAUCGAGCACAUUGUCAAAGAAUUUUGGAUACCAUCUUGAGAGCUAAUUUUGCAGAGGUUCAAAAUUUUUUGGUUCAUUUUUGGCAAGGAAUGCCUGCUCAUAUUACUGUAAUUCUCUCAAACGAGGCUGUCAUUGAGUUAAUUGGUAACUGUGACAACAUACUAUAUAAGGCUGUAGCAAGGGUUCUUAUUCCCAGUUCAUUGCAGCCUCUACCAGCCAGUCUAACACAAGCUAUUCAGCAAUUUGCGAAACAGUUGUCAGUAUGGCUUGAGAUGGCGCUCUAUCAUUUACCUGAAGAUUUGCAACACAAAAAAAUAUCAGUUGCAAAGUCCUUCUCACAGCUGUUAUGCAGGCAGACGUCUCUAUCACAUUUAGCACAAGCUGCACGAACAGUUCUCCAUAAUGCUGAGCCCGCAUCGCAAAUGGUGACGGAUAUCCACGACAUUCCCAUCGAAAGCAUUAUACAACAAGUUAUGUGGAUAUCUCCACAAUAUAUGAAAAGAGAUAUGAAACUAGCUGAAAAAUUUUUACGCGAAUUUUGUGAUUUGCUUGAACAACAAUCAUCGAUCGAAGACUACACUGAUUGGAUAUCAUCUUUAAUAUGCAGAUGUGUUGUCAAGCCGAGUGAAAAAGAGGACGCCGUAUUUCAAAGUUUGGCGCAAGAAUUUCUAUUAAAGUGGUCCUUUGUGACGUCAAAGGUUAUCCAAGAAUUGACGUUACGAAGUGCGAAAAGUUUCGGUUCGUUUCAUUUGUUACAAAUGUUAUUCGAUGAGUACAUUUUCUUCUUGAUCGAAUCCCACGCUGAUAUAUCUGAAGAAAUUUAUGACACGGUUCCUGCUGACAAACAAAACUCAAGAGGCAAAAGUUUGCUUGCAAGUGUAUCCUCACCAAGUUACAUGGAAACAUUUCGGACAAGAUAUUCAUCAACCUCGUCUUCAGGUAGAGGUUCAUUAACCCCACCUUCUGGAAAAGACGAUACUGCCUUCUUUAGUUAUCCAAGUCCAAACACAAACUACAGGCGCAAUAUUAAUCCACAACAAAGACAAUUUAUGUUCCCGUAUGAUGAGCCAGCAAGAUACGAAUCCUUCGAUUCAACAACCCUCAAAGCUCAAACGAAUUUUAAUCAAUCACUACAAUACGCGCCAAAUAUAAACCAAUCAAACCUAAUCAAUCAAAAUACUAGCCAAUCAGAAGGAGAUAUGUAUUAUAGUGAUGAUUUGGAAAUUGUGAGGCAGCUACAAGAACGCACAAAAUCUCUAAUGGAAGCUAGUAGGUACGAAAGUUCGACUCGAUAUCACCCGUACGCUUCUGACUAUCAAGAUAAUCGAGUCCAUUAUCAACAAAAUAAUCAGAUGGAAAGCUACGGAAACAACGAGUCCUAUUUUCUGCAACGAAUGUAAAUCAAGAAACA